UAUAUAUAUACCCAUGUGGUCACGUCCAGUCACUAGUAGACACUGAUGCCUGCAGAGAAACGAUACACACAGGAGUACCAAAUCAACAGAAAGGGGAGAUAUCGCAGAAAUUGUGGACUUCGAGUAUUGCUGGAUUACUACUUUGGGAUCGGGAGCUACAUAUUUUGACAGUGUUUUAGUAGCGGAGCCGGACUGUGAUUUCAGACAUCAAGACAUAAUAUAAGGCCUACGUUUUAGUCGCGAUCAGCGUCCCAGUUUUUAACCCAAGACGGUUUGGUGUGAUUUUUUAUAUUUUGGGAGAUACAGUCAUUAUCAAUCGACUAAUUAAAUUAAAGAUACCUUUGUUGGACGUCAACUAGGUCUACUUGUGGCCUUAAUACUCCGUUCGGACAGACAAAAGCACUGACGUUGAGGUAACCCUUCAAAACAAGCAUGGGUUCCCUUCUACGCAGUUACAUUUUAGGCUUGCUAGGACUGUUUUCAAUGGCAAAUGUGUACGUAGGGGCAGAAUAUCGCUACAUUCAUAUUCGGAACGAGGAAAAUGGUGAAAUGGUUGAGUGUAGGGAGAUCCAGUGUGAGAAAGGGCAGUAUGCCAAGCCGUGCACACCUGAUGACAGGGAUUCGUCACGCUGCGUCCCUUGUGAAGACGGUUACUAUCAAGACGAUAAUGUGAAUCCCCUGCGUAAAGAAUGCAAACUGAAAAAACGUUGUUUGGAUCAGAAUCCAGACAUAAAGAAAUGCACCACCGUCAAAGACCCCGGGAGUUUGACCAGGGACGCGACCUGCUCGUGUCUUCAAGGUUGCACAUGGUACAAGUCACUCGCUGAAUGCAUUCCUGAUGACCCCAGCGUGCGGCCUACCACGCCACGACCUUCUUGUCCGCCUGGUCAAACGACCAAGGAAAAUAGCACAGGUUGUUUCCCCGAGUGCCCAGAGGGUUUUUUCAAGGACGGUGACAGCUGCAAGCAAUACACGAAUUGUCGGAGAGAGGGGAAGUGUGUGGAAAUCAAGGGAAACGCCACCGCGGACAACAUCUGCAGCGCAGCCAACUUCACAGAUUGGACCAAGGACUGCAACCAGACCGGUUCUUCACAGCAGCAGAAGUCAGAAGGGCCUAAGAUGCUAAAGAUUAUACUUGGUGUGACGGUCCCUGGGGUUAUUUUAUGUGCACUAGCCAUUAUAGCUUAUUGUGCAUGGAAAUGGACAACGAACAAAAAGAAUGAAGAACAAAAUAGACAGGAGAUUCUGGCCCGACUGACUAGUGGAACUUUGGAGGGGGAAGCUCUGCGUAUAGCAUUUGGGAUAGUGGAAAAUAACAUGCGUGAAAACUGGGAGCGAUUGGGAAGACGUCUGUUGGAGAAUUUUGAUACUACUGUGCGUUUUGAAAUAUAUGAAGCAUAUCCUCCUUCCAGUACACCGCUUGCAGAUCGAGUGAGCAGAAUGCUCACGAUCUGGAAGGAAAAACGCGCCAGAGACGCCACGGUGGCGGCUCUUCUGCGGGCGCUGGAUUUUAUAGGACAGGGGAACAUAUCCCAAGCCAUACUGCAAAAAAUU